CUGAAACCCAGAAGAAAUACAGCAGACCAACCAGGACAUCCCAGGCCGUCCUCUGUCACUGCCCUUCUGUCCACAGGUCAGAUGGGAGGCCAGAGGCUGCGCACACACCUGCUGCUCCCCGCCUUACUGUGGGCCGUGUCGGCUGGCCAAGCCUGUGGCUGUCCAGAUGCCUGCAGCCGGCGGUCAGGGCCGGACAAGAGCCAGUGUGAGGAAUGCAGAGCCGGAUGGAUCCUCCAUAACAAAACCUGUGUAGAUGUCGAUGAGUGUGGCACUGAGCUGGAAAACUGUUCUCAGAGCAGUUACUGCUUUAAUACAGAAGGCUCCUACGAGUGCAGAGGUUGCGAUGUAGCCUGUGUGGGCUGUAUGGGCGGUGGGCCGGCGCGCUGCAGGAAAUGUGCCCCGGGAUACAGACUGACGGGGUCCAAGUGCUGGGACAUCGACGAGUGUAGUGACCGGGUGCUGGCCUGUCAUGGCCUGGACGAGAUCUGUACCAACACGGAGGGCUCCUUUCGCUGCGACUGUGCAGACGGCUUCACCCGUCAGAACAUUCUUUGCGUUCGGAAGCAAAUUCCCACUGGUCAGGAGAAAGGUUGGUUUGAGGACAUCCAGGAUGAUGAGGUGGAGGUGCUGCAGCAGAUGUUUUUCGGGGUGGUGCUCUGUGCUCUGGCCACGCUGGCAGCAAAAGGUGAUCUGGUCUACACGUCCGUGUUCAUCGGAGCAGCCGCAGCCAUGGCGGGCUACUGGCUCUCUGACAGGGGGGACCGUUUGGUGGACAGCUUCCUGAAGGGACAUUGA